CUCAGCGAGAGGCGUGACGUCGCCGCGCUUCCCUUCUUCUGCGCCCGGGAGACCCCGUCGAUCCCUUUUCCCUUCUCGGCUCUGCAGAGAGAAGAUGCCCGGAGUAACGGUGAAAGACGUUAACCAGCAGGAGUUCGUCAGGGCCCUGGCUGCUUUUCUCAAGAAGUCUGGGAAACUUAAGGUACCGGAAUGGGUAGACACAGUGAAACUUGCCAAACACAAGGAACUGGCACCUUGUGACGAGAACUGGUUCUACACCCGUACUGCUUCCACUGUUCGUCACUUGUACCUCCGUGGUGGUGCUGGCGUAGGAUCCAUGACAAAAAUCUAUGGUGGGCGCCAGCGCAAUGGCGUCAUGCCAAGCCACUUUAGCAGUGGAUCAAAGAGUGUGGCCAGGAAGGUGUUGCAGGCUCUGGAGGCGCUCAAAAUGGUGGAGAAAGACCCCAAUGGAGGUCGCAGACUGACUCCACAAGGACAGAGAGACCUCGACAGAAUUGCUGGACAGGUCGCAGCAGCCAGCAAGAAACAACAUAAUGUUUAAACACAGUUGUAAGCAAAAUAAAAUAUUCUGUUCCCA